AUGUUUACGAAUCUGCUGCUGAUAGCUAUUGUUUUGACGGGACUCUCUUUGCAACAAGCCGUGAAGCAACAAGAAGCUGGACUUGCUUUCGAAAAAACCCCUAUAGAUGCCCCGGCCCCAUUCGCCAGCUAUGACAUCGACAUGUGCAACUACCCCUUCGAGGCGGUCCAUGCUGAUAUGCUAGCUGGCGUGAACGGCUCGGUGACAUAUCGGUUGUCGACGGAGAAAUGUGGCAACAAGCUCAUGAACGCUCAUUGCCUCCAGCCGCUUCUCGGUCAUAGUUUGGAGGCUUGGAAAGGAGAGCUGGACACCGGAGAACCGAUCGUCAUCGCCGGAUGCAACUACACGACCACGUACGCAAAUCUGACGGGCCCAAUCUCGAUCCGUAUCACUCGGCUACAGUCCAAUGCCAGCAGCUACCACCAGCUGAUGUCGACAUUACCAGUCAACAGCUACAACCUUAUGCCCGAUGGGCAGACUUAUGUCUUGUAUCAGACUUCGAAAGAUAAUUCUGGAUAUAACGGUAUUUUCUUUGAUGCCCCGGUGGGCGACUGCGAAACGUUGAUGAUCUGGAAAAGCUUGUAUCGAGGGGAUGAGACCAAAAUCUAUGGCGGCAAUUCCACCCUCUGCUCAUCUACCGUACCUCGCGACGGCUUCCCGGAUUUCGUAGCCAAUCGCUAUAUGAUUUUUGAUACGCACGGCACGAAGAUGUGUAGAGUGGCCUGGCGCGCCAGAUAUCUGACCCAAAACAGCGACUACACCUUCAAGGUCAGGAAGGGGCAUUCUGGGGUCCUGAACUCGCCACCUUAUGCGGGACCUGCUUCGAUUUCUGGAGGAUUUGUGACUGGCUAUAAGUUACAAAAGGAUGACGUCAGCAAGCAGGACAGCAAAAUUCAUCUUCAACUACUUUCCCCAGUACUCGGGGCUUCCAGACUCUUGAUUUUUGGUGCAAACGGAACGCAGGAAACGGAAUUCAACGCCUCGAACGGAGCGAAUGGUUUUAAAAUACUCCCUAAUUCCGUCAAACUCCACUGGACAAUUAUCACUAUUUUUCGUGCUUGUCACGAUACUGAUCUCUAUGUU